AUGGAUUUUAGAAAUAGUCGAUAUUUCAGCUAUUAUUCAUCAUCUUCCCCAUUUCACAAACAAUUUGCGGUGCAAGAUGCAAAUUCUCAAAAUUUCCAAGAAUUUAUUUGUCAAGAUUUAUAUGAGUCUGAUAAUUUUCGUAUGUACGUUUACAAGGUACAAAAGUGCUCAAAACUUUAUAGUCACGAUUGGAUAUCUUGCCCUUUUACCCAUCAAGGGGAAAAAGCACGUCGACGUGAUCCAAGGAAAUACAACUAUUUGCCAAUUCCUUGCCCUGGUUAUAAAUUCGCAUCUUGCAUAAAGGGAGAUAAUUGUGAAUUAUGCCAUGGAGUUUUCGAGUACUGGUUACACCCUGCGAAGUACAGGACCAAUCCGUGCCAAGCUGGCACGUCGUGUAAUAGACCCGUCUGUUUCUUCGCACAUACACUAAAUGAGCUUCGUCUUGAGACGAAAUACAAUUGGUGCUAUGUGUAUCAAUACCCUUUAUACAUCCAAUCAUAUCCGGAUAUUAUAAUUGAAAAUGGUCCAAAUGGUAAUUGGAUGAUUGUUCCUUGUAACCCUCAACUACAACCACCACCACAUGAUCAAUAUUACUGUACUACUACUUUUGGACAUGGAUAUUCUCCGAAUUCCCAACAAAUUCCUCCGAAAAAUACGUCAACUUUUGAGUUGUUUGCUCAACCUCCUCCUUCAUCUUCUCAAACUCAUCCAAGAUUUGGCCAUAAUGCUCAAAAUGAGAGUGAUUUUUCACUUUUUUCAGCAAAUCAUGCAAAAUUGAUUGAGCAAGUGAAGAAUCUUGAGCUUGGAAGUACUUCUCAUGCUAAGAUGAAUAAAAUAUAUGAUGAUAAGGGGAAAAGAUCGGUGGAGUAUGAGUUACGGGACAAAAAAUUUUCAAACAUCAAUUGA